AACUUUUAGUCUAGUAAGGUUAGCUGGAACCCCUUUGUUUCUUUUAUGGGGCUUUUUUUGGGAUCAUUGAUUUAGUUAAAAAAAGAAGAAGAGAAAAUCAGCAAUAUUUUACACUUUUUAUGCUAUGAUUUUCUGCUUUUUAAAUAACAAUAUGAAUAUACUAUUAGGGGGCACAGACUGUAUAUAAGCUUUUGGUGUGAAUAUUGAAUGUUUAGUUCCCCUUACAUAUCGGAAUUCUUUUUAUUUGGAGGGUGCCCCAUAUGAAGGAAACUCUCAAGUAUUUGAUUGGAGUUGCAGGCCCAACUGGGUUUGGAUCAAGUUCCACUGCUGAGCAAGUCACUGAGAACUCUUCUUCUUCCUUAAUCCAACCCCAAUUAACUGCUAUAAUCACUGGAGCAACCUCCGGCAUCGGAGCGGAAACAGCGAGAGUUUUGGCGAAAAGAGGAGUGAGAAUUGUGAUUCCAGCAAGGAAUACAAAGAAUGCCUCUGAGGUUAAGUCCAGAAUUAAGAGUGAGAAUCCAGAAGCUGAAAUCAUAGUGAUGGAGCUUGACUUGAGCUCUUUUUCUUCAAUUAGGAGAUUUUGCAGUGAGUUUCUUGCUCUGGGGAUUACUCUUAAUAUCCUCAUAAACAAUGCUGGGAAAUUCUGUCAAAAUUUGGAGCUUAAUGAAGACAACUUUGAGAUGACCUUUGCCACAAAUUACCUGGGCCAUCAUUUACUGACUGAUAUACUGUUGGGGAAAAUGAUCCAAACAGCACACCAAAUGCACGUUGAAGGACGGAUCAUCAACGUUUCUUCCGUAAUUCACAGUUGGGUUGGGAAGGAGGGGUUCCAAUUUAAUGACAUGAUCAACCCUAAAAUCUACAAUGGCACACGUGCGUAUGCUCAGUCGAAAUUGGCAAAUAUAUUGCACACCAAGGAAAUAGCCAGGAAACUAAAAGCGACAGGAGCCAAUGUAACGAUAAAUGCCGUCCAUCCCGGGAUCGUAAAGACGGGAAUUAUCAGAGAAAAGAAAGGAUUGGUUACAGAUUCAGUUUACUUCCUAGCAUCCAAAUUGCUUAAGUCCAUAUCUCAGGGUGCGGCCACAACAUGUUUUGUGGCUUUAAGCCCAAGUGUAAAGGGAAUUUCUGGGAGAUAUUUUGAGGAUUGUAAUGAAAGUGCAUGUUCAAGCCUAGCCAGUGAUGAAAUGGAAGCUCAGAGGCUGUACGAACUAACCCAUGAAGCCAUUUACUGUAGAAAAUCAUGUAAGAAUGCCCAAAGUUAGGUUUUUAAUAAUGCUUGGAGGCUGUAAAUCCUUUUUCCUUGUAAGGCUGGAACAGGAGAUACGGAAAAGAGAAAUUCGAGUCACAGCAUGUACAACAACAAAGGUGUAAUAUAUAUGAAAAUAGUAAAUUUUAAUUCUA